AUGAAGAAUCUCACUUUUGCACCUAAAAUGAGAACUCUUAGGCAGAGGAUGGCUGAACACAUGGUGUCUGUGAGUGAUGAAUCGAGUGAAGAUGAAGCACAAAUUAAGUGGGAAGAACAGCAAAUAAAGAAAGCCCUUAAACUCUCUCAGGAUUAUGAUGAUGCUUCCCUGCAGAAAUCUCAGCCAGCUAAACCAAAGUUUGAUCCCUCUGUUUCUCUACCACCUGUGAACUUGGAAAUUGUGAAGAAGCGACUGACCGAAAGGAUAACAUCGUUACAGGAUGUACACCGUGCCCACCAGAGGGAGUAUGAAAAAUAUAUGGAGGACAUUGAAAGGUCAAAAAUGGCUGUCCAGGAGUUAGAGAAGUCUUCGGAUGCAGCUCUGAAUUACAAAUUCUACAGAGCCAUGAAAACAUAUGUAGAAAACUUGGUAAACUGUUUGAAUGAAAAACUGAAAUGCAUUAAUGAGCUGGAAUUGUCUGUACAUGUACUACUUCAGCAACGAGCCGUGACCAUAGCAAAACGAAGGCAAGAAGAGCUGAAAAACGAGUCUGCUUAUAUUCGCCAUCUUACAAGUGGGAAUGACAAACCAACAAAUGGUGGAUUGGAAGGUGAUGAGAAGACACAGCUUCUGGAAAUGUGCGAACAUCGAAGGGCUUGCAGACGGCAAGUGAGGGAGUGUUCAGGAGAAGCUGAUCACCAUGAAGGCAUGUCGAGUGACGAGGAGCUGACUCCAACAGAGGUGAAUGAGUUCCAGAAGAGCAAAGAUAACGUUUUAGAGGAUAGUAGGAAAGUCUUUGAAGAUGUACAUGCAGAUUUUUGUGACAUCAGAAAAAUCCUGUUGAAAUUCCAGGAAUGGAAAGAGAAGUUUCCUGAGUCUUACUGUGAUGCUUAUAUCAGUUUCUGCCUGCCUAAGCUAUUAAAUCCAUUUAUCAGAGUUGAGUUAAUAAAUUGGAACCCUCUUGAGAAUUUUACAGAGUUGGAAGAGAUGCCCUGGUUCAGAGCUAUAGAAGAAUUCAGUGAUGCCAAAAAUGUAUCUGAAUCAAAAAGGGAUGAUGAUUCUGAUCGAGAAGUUUUGUGUAGAGUUAUUGAAAAAACUGUUCUUCCAAAAAUUACAGCAUUUGUAAAGAGUGUGUGGGAUCCUUUAUCCGCUUCACAGACAAAGAACCUUGUACGGCUUUGCAGUAACAUCUUUGAAAAACAAGGCCUUUCCAAAAACGAAUGCAGUCGAGCGAAAGAGGAUUUGAUGAAUGUGGUUGUCCUAAGAAUGAAGAAAUCUAUAGAGGAAGAUGUCUUUAUUCCUCUGUAUCCUAAAAGCGCUGUGGAAGACAAAUCAUCACUAUGUUCCAGAUUUCAAGAAAGACGGUUUUGGUCAGCUGUUAAG